UUCACGCUCACCACGGUGGACACCCGCAGGUCCCUGGAUGUGCUGAAGGACUUCGCGCCCGGCUCCCAGCUGCCCAUCCUGCUCUACGACGGUGAGGCCAAGACGGACACGCUGCAGAUCGAGGAGUUUCUGGAGGAGACACUGGGGCCCCCCGAGUUCCCCAGCCUGGCGCCCCGCUACCGGGCGUCCGCCAUGGCGGGCAACGACGUCUUUCACAAGUUCUCUGCCUUCAUCAAGAACCCGGUGCCCGAGCAGGACGAUGCCUUGUACCAGCAGCUGCUGCGCGCCCUCGCCAGACUGGACGGCUACCUGCGCGCGCCCCUGGACGACGAGCUGGCCCGGGAGCCGCAACUGCGCGAGUCUCGCCGCCGCUUCCUGGACGGGGACCAGCUCACACUGGCCGACUGCGGCCUGCUGCCCAAGCUGCACAUCGUGGACACGGUGUGCGCGCACUUCCGUGGGGCCCCCAUCCCCGCCCAGCUGCGUGGCGUCCUACCUGGACAGUGCGCUGCAGGAGAAGGAGUUCAAGUACACGUGUCCGCACAGCUCCGAGAUCCUGGCGGCCUACCGGCCGGUCGUGCACCCCCGCUAGUGCCCCUGCCCCCGCCGCCACCUCCGCCCGCUCGUCCACAGCCCCACAAAGCCACCUCUGCUCCAGUGAGCACAUCUGCACACCCCAGGGACCAGAGGGCUGAGGUUCUGCCUCCCCUACGCCCCCACUGCGGGCUGCUCAGAUGACAGCCCCGAGUGACAGGGGCUGGGACUGGUGGGCGGGGAACAGCCCAUCCCCCAUCCAUCGGGGACGAGGGACUGGAUUGGGCUCCCAAACCAGUCAGGCCAGGGCGGAGCGGCAGGAGGGCCGAGGAGGGUGGGGAGCAGAGCCCAGCCGAGCACCUCAGGGCUCCCAGCCAGUGGGUGGGGUGGCCCACAUUCCUCAGCCCCACCCCAGGCAGCAGGCCACCCCCACCUCUCGCAGGACCUGUGUGCAUGGUAUGGGGUCCUCGAGGCCAUGCCCUGCUGGGUGGGGGAAGAGGGGUGUGCCCCAGGGGGUGACGGAGUUCCAGGCCUGGGGAGCCCCGGCCCAGCCCUGCAUGGCCCUCAGCUCCUGGGCUGGCUGGCCGUGGCGGCUGGGCCGGUUGGAGAGGUUGGCAGCUCCGCCAACAGGGACGGAGAGCCUGACACAUCUGUUUACCGCCUGCGCCCACACCCGGGUGGCAGCCAGGAGUGGGGGGCAUGCGGUCCCUCUCCCCCAGCCCCCAAGAGACAGAGCCUCGCUCGACCAGAGUUUAUUGGGUGGGGGAGGGGCUUGCUCUGCGGGGGAGGUGGCAGGGCCUCCGAGGCUGCCCCUCUUCUCACCGGCCAACUCCAGGCGGGA